CAGAUUGAGGGCAAACUCACGCCAGGAGAGACCAGGACAGAUUGGAGUGAUAUCUCAGUUUCUCUGUGCUGUAGUUUAACCCAGCAGUUGUUAUUUUUUUCUACCCUAUCACUACUUCAAGAUGCCGCGAUCCUUUCUUGUGAAGAAGAAGAAGCUACACCAGGUGAACCGCAGGCCUGGGCAGGACAGGGUGGAAAACUUUUCCGUCCCGCUAUGUGCUGAAGCACCGCCACUCGUGGAGCCGGGCGUCCCAUCAGAGAACAACCCCGAGCAGCCGCUCAAGCCGGCAGCGGAGGAUCCCGUCACCUGCCCUCGGGCCGACACGCGCGACCACCCGCCCAGGGCGCAGCCGUGGUCCGGCGACACCGCUGCCUUCGUGCCGCAACUCUCACCGACUCGUCCUACAGCUGUGAUGGAGACGGUCCCCGGCAGCACGCUGAGCUGCGUACGGGACAUGAGCGCGGCCUGGCCGUACGGCUUUCCCAGGCUCUUCGGUGAUGGAGACCUGGUCCGUCCGACGCCGUCCCCGUUCUUAGACCGGUCCAUCUUCCGGCCCGACUUUCCCCUCUCCUCCCACCACCACCGACACAGCGCCACCCUCAACCUCGGCGACGUUAACAGACAGAGUGCCUUCAAGAGGUACGAUCUGCUGAAGCUAGAGACGACCCUGGCCUCCCCACCCCCGGGAGGCUACCCUUCCCCCACCUCCCACUCCGAGUACGUGGACGGGCGGCUGGACCAGCCGGCGGGCGGGCGGGAGGACGCCGAGGCCCCACCGGAGAAGCAGAAGCGCCCGACGGUGCUGACGGGGUCGUUCUCGUGCGUGAAGUGUAAGAAGGUGUUCAGCACGCCGCACGGACUGGAGGUGCACGUCAGGAGAUCGCACUCAGGCAAGAGGCCGUUCGCUUGUGAGGUGUGCGACAAGACGUUCGGGCACGCGGUGAGUCUGGACCAGCACCGGUCCGUCCACACCACGGAGCGGACCUUCCAGUGUAAGCAGUGCGGGAAGUGCUUCAAACGGUCCUCCACCUUGUCAACCCACCUGCUUAUCCACUCAGACACCCGCCCAUACCCUUGCCAGUACUGCGGCAAGAGGUUCCACCAGAAAUCUGAUAUGAAGAAACACACCUUCAUACAUACAGGAGAGAAGCCCCACAAGUGUCUGGUGUGCGGCAAGGCGUUCAGCCAGUCGUCCAACCUGAUCACCCACACCCGCAAGCACACCGGCUUCAAGCCCUUCGCCUGCGACACGUGUGGCCGCGCCUUCCAGCGCAAGGUGGAUCUGCGCAGGCACAGGGAGACCCAGCACAACGUGCCGCCACCAGCUCCUGCGCAUGCGCACCGCGUCAGCCCCACGGCGGAGAUCCCCGUACAUGCGCAGUAAGGGUUUAGUCUAGAAACCAU